GACGAUUCCUGGCCAUUUUUAUCAGGCCACAUAUUUUUGGUCAGGUUUUCAGAAUUGGAGUCUAUCAUAAAACCGUAGCCUGAUGAACAGAUUGCGUGCCCCCCAUACACACCUAAUCGCAGCCAUCCUGACGUCUUUGAUGAUCGGUUGGUCUGAGAUUGAUUAGUCAGUCAUGAACGGCUCCUUAUUAACUCCACCGAGUCCACGGGCUGCGGCUAAUUCAUCUCCCCUUCCGCCAUCCCCUUCUCCAUCGCCCUCUCCUCCGUCUCCAUCGCUGUUGCCCUUGUCCACCAGACCUCCGCCUUUGCCUCCUCCGACUCCUGUAGGUCAACCCUUGUCUUCGUUAUCCGACACACCCACACCAUCGCCAUCUCCCUGCCUCAGCUGGACCGAGUUCUGUGAGCUCCAUGCCCGGGUAGCCGCCGGGGAUUUUGCUCGACAUUUCCGGGCCUUCCUUCAGGAGAACCCAAAUUACUCCCCUGAUUCGGCAGCUCUUUUUUGCCGUCGCUUUACAGACAGAUUUGUUCGGCAUUUUGAGAGCGAGCUUGAAGUAACUGGUAUCAGUAGGGAAGGUACGGUGAAUUGGGUCGCCCAAUCGGAUGUUACCUCGUUAGAGGAGGAUGCAGCAUCUCCGUCUUUGCUAACGGCGGAAUCCGCAGCAGCCUCAUGCCCACCUAUUCACACACGGGCCACUCCCAAACCUAUCCUGACCCAGGAAAGCCGUGGUACAGAACGAUUCCAGAACUCUGGAGGCUUUCAGGACUCGUACGCUCACGCGCAGAUUCUCCCACCGUCCUCCUCGUCGUCUUGCUCGUCCUCUAUGGGUGGAAAUAACGGGCGCAGAGAGGAGAGGGGAAUGGCCCUCAAACACAAUCCUUCAGGAUAUAAAGACCUAGAGGAAGAGGAAGAUAGCUGGGCAGGACCUGUAACUCUGGAGGAGGUAGAGACCGACAUCAUAGGUAGGGACAAUGAGGGCGAGGAUUUAGAAAGAGCCGACCUCACCCUCAAUCCCUCCAGUGCACCAGCAAACUCGAAAGGCAACGGGACGCCUAUUGGAGGUCACUCCAAGAACAAGUUAAAGAAGCGUUUCUCUUUGCGCAGUGUGGGACGGAGUGUCAGGGGUAGUGUGAGGGGCAUCUUGCAUUGGCGCAGCUCCUCCAGCGACUCCCCGCAGAACUGCAGCAACUCCAGCCCUCUUCCCUCCAGCUACAGCUACACUACUGGCCUGCAGGAUGGCAAGAGGAACUCCGGCUCGCAAGGGGUUCCCUCUUCUCUCCCGGUGUCUCUCUCUCUUCCCCUUUCCCUUCCUCACUCCUCGUCCUCUUCACUGCCCCCUUCAUCCUCCAGCAGCGCCACUUCUCUUUCGCUCUCUGAGGCCCGCGACUGGCGAAGGAGCAACGGAGAUGGCGAGAAGGAGAAAUGGAGUCACCGGUUGGAAAAACUACGACUGUCUCGCUCUCCUCCGCCAAAUCUGUCCAGCGCAGCUCCUCCAUCUUCGGUUUUAUCCCCUUCAUCGCUCCCACCAAGCAGCAUCAACGCCUCCAGGAAGAUGGGCAGGCUGGUGCGGGAGGGAGGAGUGACCGUGUGCUCAUCUUCGGAUGAGUUCGCCAGCACUCACGGGUUCCCAGGCUUUUCCUUUGGACUGCUGCAUCACGGCGCAGACAGCUCUGUGUCUGGACAUCCCACAGCCAUAGGUGGCGCUGUGGGUGGACGGGGUACGCGUUGGCACAAGUGCCGUCUAGUUCUGAAAGAACGAGAUAAGGAUGGAGGGGAUGGAGGGUUGGAAUAUUUCCUGGAGUUUUACAUCCCGCCGAAGUCCUCCAAGCCCAGACUGACUGUCCCAUGCUGCUCUAUUGUUGACGUGAGGAGCACUACAGCCAUUGAGGUGCCAGACAAGGAGAACACCUUCCUUCUACAGAUGGAAGGUCAGGUGCAGUACGUGAUUGAGACCAGAGAUGCGGUUCAGAUGAGAGCGUGGCUCAGCGACAUCAGAAACGCUAUCUGUUUGAGUGAGCAAGAGGAUGUUGAUGGGGUAUGUGGGAGUGCUCUGACUGACCUCAGCGGUACGCCGGAAUUCAGCGACCGCCUGUCUCAAGUGUGCUAUGGUGGAGUUGGUGGUUCUCCACAGCUGGAGCCUCUACCUCCUGAAUUACCGCCCCGCGCCCCUCUGGACGAAUCAGAUAGUCGGCUGCUUGGUGGGGGCGGAGCCAGUCUCGGCACACCUUUUGCUGAAACCCCUGAUGCCACAGGGUCGUUCCUGUUCUCUGAUGUGUCUGUGUCUGAGACGGUGGAGCAUCCUCUGAGCGAGUGUCAGUGGUUUCACGGUACACUCUCGCGUCUUAAAGCGGCUCAGCUGGUGCUGGCGGGUGGCAUGGCCAGUCAUGGAGUAUUUCUCGUGCGGCAGAGUGAGACACGGCGGGGGGAGUAUGUGCUCACCUUCAACUUCCAGGGAAAAGCAAAGCACUUGCGCCUCUCUCUGAACGAGGAUGGACAGUGUCGUGUGCAGCAUCUCUGGUUCCAGUCUAUUUUUGACAUGCUGGAGCAUUUCCGUGUGCACCCCAUUCCCCUGGAGUCUGGGGGUGCCUCUGAUGUCACCCUCAUCAGCUUUGUGGGGGCUACAAAUGUCCGGCAACCAGACUUGACCAGCAGACCCCGUAGUCCUCCCCAACCGCCGCCUCCACCCUUGCCUCCAGGACGCCCCCCGCCCCCAACCCCGCCCCAGGAGCGCGGACCCGAGCCUGAGGUGGCCGGCGGAGGCGGAGCGAGCAGCGGGGCGGAGGAGUGCGAGGAGCGAGAGCGGGAGCCAGCGCUUCUCCAACUGGAAGGGGUGGAGGGAGAAGAGCGCGAAGGAGGAAGAGCGAGAGCUAUCGACAACCAGUACUCCUUCUUCUGAACCCAGAACCAGGACAGCCCUUCACAAUCAGUAUUUUCAGUAUUCUCCAACUGACUGAUUUAUUAUUAACACUAUUAAACAUGAGCUUUCACCAUGCGAGAGAGGGAGAUAUAUAUAUAUAUAUAAAUAGAGAGAGAGAGAGAGAUUCAUACACAUUGACGGUACAUUUUUAAAACACUAAAGUAUCGGUACUACACUAAAUCAGAGGUGCAUUGUGAAACUGUUGGGUCGGCUUUUACUAAUUGGUUUCUCCAGCGUUUGUCAGUGUGAACGUUUCCUCCUCUGGUGCUUGUUGAUUUUGCAUAGGAAGGUACGACCAUGAGCGCCACCGUUUUUAUUUUAGCAUUUCGUAACGAGUCGCAAUUUCAAGUCGGGACUCGGGAUGACUAGUAUUCUUUAACCCUUCGCACUUAUACAAAAAAUAAUUUUUUUGGUCGUUUGUUGUUGUUGUUGUUGAUGUUGAAAUUUUUACUUGUUCAGAGAUUGUUACCCACCAGCACUCUUGUUAUUGUUGUUAUAUUAUUAUUAUUAUUAAUACUGGAGACGUUUUAGUUGAUUUCUUUAUGUUCUGCCACUGACAAACUACGAAUGUCGCAAAAAAAAAAAAACAACGAUACAAAAACCAAGUAAUAACUAUUCUUCCUGUUACUUUCAGUUGUGAUUAUUUUGCUAGAUACUACCUUGGGCUUAACAAAGUUUUGCCAAAAAAAAAAAAAAAAAAAAAA